AUGGAGAGAUAUAAUGUUACUGUUAAUCUGGCAUUAACCCCAAAUGAGAGAAGUGACGCCAUAACUGGAGCCCGCGAGUUUGGCGAUCUCUGCUUGCAUCCCGUGGCAUACCUCAGUAAGGAAAUUGAUGUAGUGGCAAAAGGUUGGCCUCAUUGUUUACGGGUAGUGGCGGCAGUAGCAGUCCUAGUAUCUGAAGCAGUUAAAAUAAUACAGGGAAGAGAUCUUACUGUGUGGACAUCUCAUGAUAUAAAUGUCAUACUCAUUGCUAAAGGAGACUUGUGGCUGUCAGACAACUUUUUGCUUAAAUAUCAGCCUGUAUUACUUGAAGGGCCAGUGCUGCAACUGUGCACUUGUGCAACUCUUAACCCAGCCACAGUUCUUCCAGACAAUGAAGAAAAGAUAGAACAUAACUGUCAACAGGUGAUUGCUCAAACCUAUGCCGCUCAAGGGGACCUUCUAGAGGUUCCCUUGACUGAUCCCGACCUCAACUUGUAUACUGAUGGAAGUUCCUUUGUAGAAAAAGGAAUUCGAAAAGUGGGGUAUGCAGUGGUCAGUAAUAAUGAAAUACUUGAAAGUAAUCCCCUCACUCCAGGAACCAGCACUCAGCUGGCAAAACUAAUAGCCCUCACUUUGGCACUAAAAUUAGGAGAAGGAAAAAGGGUAAAUAUAUAUACACACUCUAAGUAUGGUUACCUAGUCCUCCAUGCCCACGCAGCAAUAUGGAGAGAAAGGAAAUUCCUAACUUCCGAGGGAACACCUAUCAAACAUCAGGAAGCCACUAGGAGAUUAUUAUUGGCUGUACAGAAACCUAAAGAGGUGGCAGGAACAAUACCAAGGCCUGAGAGGAUCUCUGAGAAGCCCAAGAAGAUAGCCCGUGGAAAAGGCAGCUUUCAGAAGCCUGACAAAACACACCAACUGGCAUUAGCCAAUGUGCACCAGAAAGAACUGCAACUAGCAGCAGCUCGGCGAAAAGACCUCUACUCUUUCCCUCACCCUGCAUGGGCCCUAGAAGGUCCAGAAGCAGCUGAGCAUGAGCAGGAGGAGGCGGGGUGA